UCGAUUCGCGUCCAAGCUUAAGGUGUUCUCCGAACGAGAUGGAACUCCCCGUCAGAGCUGUUUUUCUGUUAAGUAUUGCUAUACGUGUCUAUGCUGGCCUUCCCCAUACGCCAAGCAUUUCAUCUAAACCGGCCCCGCUUUUUGCUCCACUACAACCGCAGAUGCCACAGGUUGCUAAUGACUAUGGGUUCCGCUACGCAGUUAACGACUUUAACGGCAACGAACAUUCGCAUCAACAGAGACGCGUUGGUAAUUCGGUUACUGGACAGUAUAAAGUGUUGUUGCCUGACGGGCGAUUACAGACUGUCACUUACAUCGCCGACGAGAAUGGCUAUCGUGCUAAAGUGGAUUACACACCCGGCCGUCCAGGGGAAGCUACCACAGCUGGCCUUGGUGUCCCUCCGCCUGUACCAGCACCUUUGAGACCUGGGCCUUUUAACGUUCCAUUUGCUGCACAAAAAACGGCAGAGAUCACAUCCGUCGUCGAAGAGACUCAAGAACAAAGUCCUUUAUUACGACGGAGGGAGGAUGACGCUGUAUCCAAGGAUAUCGUAGACGCUGAACAAAUCGAUUUGCCUUUAUUCGAUGGCCAGGAUGAAGAUCGUCCGACAGUAAAACGAGGCACCAGGAGGCUCGGUUCCAUGCCAAAAUCAGCCAAUCUUGCGUAUAACAAUCGUGUAGGUAGGAUUCGAUUUGACGCUUACACUAGAGUGCCUCGUAUUGGAUCAUUAGCCAGCUACCGAUCGCCCUAGACCGCAGCUCGAUUUGCAUAUUAAACUACCCCGUUGAUGAAUAAUAUGGGAUUAUAUUCACAUCAUAUGUCGAGUCGCGACAAGUGAAUUGAAACAAAAUGAAUUGAACGCAAUACACGGACAGUUUCUAUACUAUGAA